GCUGAAUAUCUGAAGAAUGUUUCCAAAGGGUAAUCUGACUGUUGCUAGGUGGAUAUGGAGGAGCACAAGGAAGCUGUUUCUCUUCCUUUUACUCAUGCUGCCUCAUACAGCUCAUUUGGAAGGCAAAAAGGAUCAUCAAUUCAUCUGGAAACCAGGCCCCUGGGGAAGGUGUACAGGAGACUGUGGGCCUGGAGGCAUCCAGAGCCGUGCCCUGUGGUGUUUCCACUUUGAAGGGUGGACAAUUCACCAGUCUAACUGUGAUGAGAGCAGCAGGCCUCCAAAUGAAAGAAGCUGCUUCCGAGUCUGUGAUUGGCACAGAGACCUCUUCCAGUGGGAAGUUUCCGACUGGCAGCACUGCAUGCUGGUUCCUCCUGCCCUGGGCCAGGCCAGGCCUCGGGCCACAGAGUGUGUGACAGCCCAGCAUGGGCUGCAACACCGGACUGUGCACUGUAUUCAGAAGCUGAACAGGACCAUGGUUGUGAAUGAAAUAUGUGAACACUUUGCCCCUCAGCCCCCCACGGAACAAGCUUGCCUCAUCCCUUGCCCACAGGAUUGUGUGGUCUCUGAGUUCUCACAGUGGUCCAAGUGCAGCAAAAGAUGUGGAAAACAGUUACAGCACAGAACGCGCUCAGCCCUGGCCCCCCCUCUGUAUGGAGGGUCCCAGUGUCCCAAUCUGACUGAGUCAAGAGCCUGUGAUACUCCCAUUUCCUGCCCUCUUGGGGCAGAGGAAUAUACAUUUAGCCUUAAAGUUGGACCUUGGCAUAAAUGUAGACUGCCUCAUCUCAAAGAACUUAACCUAAAUGGAAGAACUGUUCUGGAUUUUAUCUCUGACUCAAAGGAGCGAGUCACUUUUAGACAUCACAGUUACAAGGCGCAUCACCAUUCCAAGCCCUGGGACAUAGAGAUAGGUUUUCAAACCCGGCAGGUCUGGUGUACAAGAAGUGAUGGGAAAAAUGCUCUGUUAAGCCUUUGCAUGAAAGAUCCCUUCCCUUUGACUGUGCGGUCCUGCAUCAUACCCAAAGACUGCGAAAUCACCGAGUGGUCCUCCUGGAGCCCCUGCUCUAAGACGUGCCAUUCAGGGAGCCUCUCACCAGGAUUUAGGAGCAGGAGCCGGGAUGUGAAGCACAUUGCUAUCGGUGGUGGAAAGGAUUGCCCUGAACUUCUCGAGAAAGAGGCCUGUAUUGUUGAAGGCGAACUUUUGCAUCCAUGUCCCAGGUAUUCCUGGAGGACCUCCGAAUGGAAAGAAUGCCAAGUCUCUCUCCUCUUUGAGCAACAGGACGCUCACUGGCAUGCGACAGGACCCGUUUGUGGAGGUGGGAUCCAGACCCGGGAGGUGUACUGUGCCCAGAGCACACCAGUGGUCACGGCACGGAAGACCAAGGAAGUCUCCAGACCUGUGGAAAAAACAUUAUGUUUGGGACCUGCCCCUGCAGCUUCUCAGCUCUGCAAUAUCCCUUGUUCUACAGACUGUAUAGUAUCUUCCUGGUCAGCCUGGGGCCUGUGCAUCCAUGAAAACUGCCAUGAUCCUCAGGGGAGAAAAGGAUUUAGAAUGAGACAGCGCCAUGUCCUCAUGGAGUCCACAGGGCCUGCGGGGCGUUGCCCUCACUUGGUGGAAUCUGUCCCUUGUGACGAUCCACUGUGUUACCGAUGGCUGACAUCCGAAGGGAUCUGUAUCCCUGAUCAUGGCAAGUGUGGCCUGGGACACCGCAUCCUCAAGGCUGUCUGUCAGGAUGAGCGAGGAGAAGAUGUGUCAGGGAGUCUCUGCCCAGCAUCUCCUCCUCCAGAACAGAUGGCUUGUGAGAUCCCCUGCCGAAUGGAUUGUGUGCUGAGCGAGUGGACAGAGUGGUCAUCCUGCUCCCAGUCUUGUUCAAAUAAAAACUCAGAUGGGAAACAGACGAGGUCAAGGACGAUCCUGGCAUUGGCUGGAGAAGGUGGAAAACCAUGCCCUCCAAGUCAGGCCCUUCAAGAGUAUCGCUCAUGCAAUGACCAUUCCUGUAUGCAGCUCUACUGGGAGACCUCACCUUGGGGCCCCUGUUCUGAAGACACAUUGGUCACUGCACUUAAUGCAACCAUUGGCUCGAAUGGAGAAGCUACGUGCGGUGUGGGCAUUCAGACACGGAGGGUCUUCUGUGUCAAGAGUCAUGUAGGACAAGUGGUGACAAAAAGGUGUCCAGAAUCUACCCGGCCUGAAACUGUGCGCCCUUGUCUGCUCCCGUGUAAAAGGGACUGCAUUGUGACUGCUUUCAGCGAGUGGACGCCCUGCCCAAGGGUGUGCCAACCAGGAAACGCCACCAUAAAACAGUCUCGAUACAGGAUUAUCAUCCAAGAAGCAGCCAAUGGAGGCCAAGAAUGUCCAGAUACCUUAUUUGAAGAGCGAGAGUGUGAAGAUGUGUCACUGUGCCCCACGUAUCGGUGGAAGGCACAGAAAUGGAGCCCCUGUAUCUUGGUGCCUGAGUCGGUCAGGCAGGAAACAAUGGUUACUGGUGAAGCCUGUGGAAAGGGGGUACAGACAAGAGCUGUCUCAUGCAUCUCUGAUAAUAACCAGUCGGCAGAAAUGACAGAGUGCCUCAAGAAGACAAAUGGUAUGCCUCCCCUUGCACAAGAAUGUACAGUCCCGUGUCAUGAUGACUGCACCUUCACUGCGUGGUCCAAGUUUACGCCCUGCUCCAGAAAUUGUGAAACAACUCGAAGUAGACGGCGACAGCUCACAGGGAAAAGCAGGAAGAAGGAGAAAUGCCAGGAUGCUGACUUGUACCCUCUAGUGGAAACAGAACCAUGUCCUUGUGAUGUGUUUAUAUCUCACCCUUAUGGAAAUUGGUCAGAUUGUAUUCUUCCUGAAGGCAGAAGGGAGUCUCCUCGAGGAUUGCGGGUACAAGGAGACAACAAAGAAUGUGGAGAAGGCACACGCUUUCGAGCAAUAGCCUGUUCUGAUAAAAAUGGAAGACCUGUUGACCCUGCCCAUUGCAACAGCUCUGGUUAUAUGCAAGAAGAAUGCAUCAUCCCUUGCCCAUUUGAUUGCAAGUUAAGUGAUUGGUCCAGUUGGGGGUCUUGCAGUUCAUCUUGUGGGAUUGGAGUAAGAAUUCGAUCCAAAUGGCUGAAAGAAAAACCAUACAAUGGAGGUCGACCGUGUCCCAAGCUGGAUCUCAAGAAUCAGGCACAGGUUCAUGAGGCAGUCCCAUGUUACAGGGAGUGCAAUCAGUAUUCCUGGGUUGUAGAACACUGGUCUCCAUGCAAAAUCCACAAUGAGCUGAGGUCCCUGCGCUGUGGAGAAGGAACACAGUCUAGGAAAAUCAGAUGUGUAAAUACCGCUGAUGGUGAAGAGGGAGCAGUGGACAACAACCUCUGCAACCAGGAUGAAAUCCCUCCAGAAACCCAGUCCUGCUUCCUUCUGUGUCCCAAUGAAUGUGUCAUGUCUGAGUGGGGACCUUGGAGCAAAUGCCCACAGUCAUGUGAUCCACACACAAUGCAGAGAAGAACCCGCCAUCUGCUACGGCCCUCACUGAGUUCAAGGACAUGCGCAGAAGACUCGCAGGUGCGGCCCUGCCUCCUCAAUGAAAACUGCUUCCAGUUCCAGUACAAUCUAACAGAGUGGAGCGCAUGCCAGCUGAGCGAAAAUGCAACCUGUGGGCAAGGCAUCAGGACCCGCCUUCUGAGCUGUGUGCGCAGUGAUGGCAAGCCCGUUGGCAUGGACCAAUGCAAGCAGCAUAACCUGGAAAAACCUCAGAGGAUGAGUGCUCCCUGCCUGGUGGAAUGCAUGGUCAACUGUCAGCUCUCUGGGUGGACAGCCUGGACAGCAUGCUCGCAGACUUGUGGCCAUGGAGGUCGAAUGAGCCGGACUCGAUUUAUCAUUACGCCUACCCAAGGAGAAGGAAGGCCAUGCCCCACUGAGCUUACCCAGCAGAAAAGCUGCCCAGUGACCCCCUGCUAUAGCUGGGUCCUCAGCAACUGGUCUGCAUGUAAAUUGGAGGGUGGAGACUGUGGGGAAGGAGUCCAGAUCCGCAGCAUCUCCUGUGUGGUGCACAAUGGCUCGACAUCCCACUGGACUGUACAUGUGGGUGAUGCACUGUGUGGAGAGAGGCCCUUUCAGGACAGCCUCCUGAAGCAGCCAUGUUCUGUGCCUUGCCCAGGAGACUGUCACUUAACAGAAUGGUCAGAGUGGAGCGCCUGCGAAUUGACCUGCAUUGAUGGAAGAAGUUUUGAGACUCUGGGCCGCCAAUCUAGAUCAAGGACAUUUAUAAUUCAGUCUUUGGAGAACCAAGACAACUGCCCCCAGCAGGUUCUAGAAACACGCCCUUGUACAGGAGGUAAAUGUUAUCACUACACAUGGAAAGCAAGUCUUUGGAACAAUAAUGAACGAACUGUAUGGUGCCAACGUUCAGAUGGCAUUAACGUCACAGGAGGCUGCUCCCCUCAGGCCCGCCCUGCUGCUAUUCGGCAGUGUAACCCAGCCUGCAGAAAACCCUUCUCCUACUGUACACAGGGUGGAGUCUGUGGCUGUGAGAAGGGCUAUACAGAGAUAAUGAGAUCAAAUGGUUUCCUGGAUUACUGCAUGAAAGUACCUGGCUCAGAGGAUAAAAAAGCUGAUGUGAAAAACCUCACUGGGAAAAACAGACCUGUCAAUUCAAAAAUACAUGAUAUUUUUAAAGGAUGGUCUCUUCAACCCUUUGAUCCAGAUGGCCGUGUAAAAAUGUGGGUUUAUGGCGUUUCAGGUGGUGGUUUUCUUAUCAUGAUUUUCCUAGUAUUUACUUCCUACCUUGUUUGCAAGAAGCCAAAAGCACAUCAAAGCACACCUCCUCAACAGAAGCCUCUGACCUUAGCCUACGAUGGAGACUUAGACAUGUAACCUGAAAAAGAAAUCCAAAUGUAGACAUCAACUGCCUUAACUGCUUUCUCUUUUGUAGCUCUCAGACUUCUCAGUUUUUUGAGGAAUCUCAUGAUGUGAUAUACUGGGCAGAAUACAGAUACUGCAAACGUAAUCUUGCCUCAACUUCAUUUGGACAUGGAGUCAAGGAGUAUUAGGCCUGCCAUUUUGCUUUCCAGUUGCUUGUGGGUGUGAGUGUUUAAUUUUUUGAUUUUCCCAAGGGACCUAAAAACCCUUCUCUUCCUGCUUGGAAAUGGGAAGAAGAAAACAUGAUGAAAUUCCCACAGACUUGAGUAAACUUUAUUCUCAGCAGCAUGAUGACAAUCUGGAGGAAAGUCCAAUCAAGGCAUUUACUGUAAAUGACAAAUCUGACACUGCAUUGUUAUGCACUAUAUUAGUGCAAAUCUUUAUUCUUCCCAUACUUCAACACUGAGUUUUCUAGCGUUUACAUUGGUUCAAAGACUUUCAAAGUGGAUUGCCUAUUUUCAUGAACACAGAGAAAAUGGGUUGCCAUUUCAGAAAUUCUCUGAGUUUGUACCUUUAAAUAUUAUAUUUUGUUUGGAGCUGAUGGGAUGAUGGCACCUCAUGGGUUGCAUCUAUUGAAAACAAAUGGAAUGUAUGUAGUUGCUGGACUAGAUGAAAGCUAGGCUGUUUGGGAUGAAAUAUGUAUUGAAUGUUAGGUGUACAAAUGAAAUAGGUGGUUGUACUGGAGAAUGAGAUAAAUUAUUUAAUAACUAAAUUUGUGUAUUUUAACAAAAACUUAGCCAUGUAGAUAUAGCAUUAACCACACACAGUUGUAAUUCAGUUUAAUGAGGAUAAA